AUGUGGACCCUUCGUCAUCUCGUUGCAUUCACUAGCUUGCUGGUUACGGGCUCAGCUUUCUCUCUCCUUCCUUUGCAACUGAAAUCGCCCAACCGGCUCGCGGCAGGGGGAAGUUCCAAUUGGGAAGGAUCCGGAGGCGGUGCUGGUUCGAUCGAACAGAUUGAGUUUAAGAUUUUCUCUGAUGGACGUGUAGAAGAAACGGUUCGGGGAGUCAAAGGCAACAAUUGCCAUAAGGUGACGGAGACCAUCAACGAAAAAUUGGGAAAAGUUGUCGCCAGCGCUCCCACCGAAGAAAUGUUUGAACAAGAACUUAUCGUGAAUCAAAAGAUAUCUCUGUCCGAGUCUUCCGACUCGUGGGAUGGGAGCUCCUCGUGGUAG